AUGACUUCAUCUAAUCCCCUGGACCCCCAUUGGCUCGAUGCCAACGGGGACGAGCCCAUUGCCAUCAUAGGAGUAGCCUGCCGGUUCUCAGGCACUGCCUCUGAUGAGGAUGGUCUGUGGCAGCUUUUGUCAAAGGGGAGAACCAGCUGGGCGAGCAAUGCCCGUAACCGGUUCAGGAUGGAGUCUUUCUGGCAUCCCCAAGCUCACCUCCCGGGCUCGACCAGUGCCAGGGGAGUUCACCUUCUACAGCAAGACCCGGGUGUCUUUGACAGUGACUUCUUCGGCAUCAGCGGCGUAGAAGCCAAAGCCAUAGAUCCUCAGCAGAGACUCAUGCUCGAGGUGGCCUACGAAACCUUUGAGAACGCCGGCAUUCCCUUGGAAAAGCUGGAAAAGUCCAACACUGGAGUUUUCUGUGCCGUCUCCUAUACAGACUAUGACCAGAUCCUGGGUCGCGACCCUGAGACAUCGCCGAUGUACCGAUUCACCGGAACAGGGCCGUCUCUCGUAUCCAGUCGCGUGUCCUACGCCUUUGACUUGCGCGGACCCAGUAAAGCCGUCGACACCGCUUGCUCUAGCGCUUCAGUGGCCCUGCACGAUGCCAUCCUCGCCCUUCGAGCUGGCGACGCUGACCAAAUUUUGGUGGGGGGCUCUAAUCUCAUUUUGGACCCUGACAAGAUGUCCAUCAUUUCCUCCAUGUCGUUUCUAUCUCCGGACGGCCGAUGCUAUUCCUUCGACUCCCGCGCCAGCGGAUAUGCCCGUGGAGAGGGCGUAGUCGCUCUAUUGCUCAAGCCACUUAGUGCCGCCCUACGGGAUGGCGACACAGUUCGAUCUGUUAUCCGCGGUAGCGCGGUUGUCUCCGAUGGCAGAACUCCGGGCAUUACCAUGCCGUCGCCGGAUGCUCAAUUUGCAGCUAUUCAGCGUGCAUACAAGGUUGCUGGGCUUGAUCCCCGAGAGACAGUUUACGUGGAAGCACACGGUACUGGUACCAAUGCUGGAGACAACGUUGAAGCCGAGGCUUUUAACCGAGCUUUCUGCUCAGACAAUUCUGAGAAACAGCUUAUCAUCGGUAGUGUCAAAUCAAAUUUGGGUCAUACCGAGUGUGUGUCGGGGUUGGCCGGUUUGGUGAAAGUACUCUUGAUGCUUGAGAAGAGAAAACUUGUUCCCACUCCUACCUUUGUCAACGAAAACCCCAGGUUGGAGCUAGAACGGCGGAGACUUAAAGUUUCAACACAGUUCCAAGACUGGCCAGAAGGAUCAAUACGUCGGGCAUCUAUCAACGGGUCGGGGUAUGGAGGCACAGAUACCCAUGUUAUUCUCGAGGCAUGGACAGAGCCAAGCAAGGUAAUAGAGCCAACACCGACAUCAGAGCUCAGGGCAGCGCGUGGCCCAACUAUCUCCGAACCCGCCGCUUCUAGAUCCAGGGUCUUUGUGUGGAGCCACCAGCGGGAUGAUGGCUGCUCCAAGAUGGCCAAUGCGUGGAAGAAGUUCAUGAGGGCGGCCAAAGCAAACCGUCAGGAGCUAUCUCUGGACGACUUGGCCUAUACGUUAUCAGAAAGGCGAAGUCGGUUUGCACAGCGAACUGCAAUUGUUGCUUCCAACUUGGAGGAACUUUUGGCAGGGCUCAACAAAAUUGAGCUGGGAUCACUUCGUCCGGUCAAAGCUUUGACGAAUGCACGAAAAUUAUUCAUCUUCACUGGCCAGGGAGCCCAAUGGGCAGAAAUGGGACUGGGAUUGCUAUCCUACCCUUUCUUUGCCGACUCGAUGCAAAAGUCUGAGCGGGAGUUUAUCCGAAUGGGCGCGACUUGGCGCCUGAUCGAUGAGCUGAAAAAGACAAAGGAAAACUCUCGCAUCAAUGAAGCUGAGCUGGCCCAACCAGUGUGCACAGCCAUCCAGAUCGCUUUGGUUGAUCUCCUUGCGUCUUGGAACGUGCAUCCCGAUGCAGUUUGUGGUCACUCGAGUGGAGAGAUUGCAGCCGCAUAUGCUGCUGGAAGCUUGACUGCACCAGAAGCCCUCAGGGCUGCCUAUCACCGAGGCCAGUCUGUAUAUCAAAUCAUGCGGAAGGAUGGUGCAAGGCAAGGUGGAAUGCUUGCAGCAGGUCUCUCAGACACUGAUGCGCAACAAUAUCUAUCAAAGUAUAGCGAGUACGCUGUAAAUGUUGCAUGCAUCAACAGUCCUACCAGUGUGACAAUCUCGGGCGAUGUCUCGGCCAUUGAAGAGAUUGGUGCUAGAUUGGAGGAGGACGGCAUCUUCAACCGAAGGCUAGCCGUCCCAGUCGCCUAUCAUUCUUCUCAUAUGAAUGUUAUCGAGGGGCUAUAUGGUGAUGCGUUGAAGUCACUGCAGCCCCGCAAGUUCAAGCCAGGCGUGCGGAUGAUCUCUUCAGUUACAUGUGAAGAGCUGAGCGGCGAAGAGAUGGACGGAAGCUACUGGGUGAGCAAUCUGCUACGCCCAGUUCGGUUUUCUCCUGCCUUGACCAAGCUCCUUAGCUUGACCGCGUCUGAAGAUGGCAGUGUGGCACUGCCACCGACUGUCAUGAUUGAGCUCGGCCCUCACGCUGCACUCCAAGGACCGGCUACUCAGAUAGCAAAAACUGUCAAGGAGCUGUCUUCAGUGACCUAUUUCUCUUGCCUCAGGAGAAAGGAGGGCGCGGUUCAAAGCAUGUUGUCGACUGCAGCUGGUCUAUUCAACUAUGGCCUCAAGAUUGAUCUCACAGGCACAAAUAACCCUCACGGCACGCAGACAAAGGUGCUGACAAACUUGCCAGCAUACAGCUGGCAUCACGGAAAGAUUCAUUGGAAUGAGUCCCGUCGAAGCCAAGUGUAUCGCAUGCGAGAGUUUCCCCGCCAUGAUCUGCUUGGAACUGCUGCCGCGGACAGCAUCAGCGCCGAGCCAUCUUGGAGAAUGUACAUUCGGCUUUCGGAGAUGCCCUGGAUUAAGGGUCAUUCUAUAGAUGGACAAGUCUUGUAUUCCGCAGCCGGCUUUCUGGCUAUGAUUGUGGAGGCCUUGAAACGUCAGUCUAUUACGUCAAAUCGCCCAUGGCUGAAGAAAGUGAUACAAUUCAAGAAGAUUGUCAUCGAUAGACCUCUUCUUAUCCAAGAAGACGCUUUCGGAGCUGAAGUCUUUACUCUGCUGAGACCUUACUCUGUAACCUCUCGUGAUUCUAGUCAAAAAUGGCAAGAAUUCAGAAUCUACAGCAUCUCUCCAAAUAACGAAUCCACUGAGCACUGCCGAGGCUUGAUUGCUCUAUCGGAAGACGUGGGAAAGCUGGAUGUCAAGCCGGAUACUGCGACUGGCUCUCUUCAAAACGGAGAUGGUUCUGCACUAUGGACUCAAUUAGAGUCUAAGCAGCUGUAUAAACUGCUCAGCGCCUCUGGUAAUGACUAUUCUGGGUGCUUUGCAAACCUCGACAACAUCUCAGCUAGCCCCUGGGAGUCCAAUAGCGAGCUGACUGUGCAGGAUGUGAAAGCAAUAAUGCCUGGAGGCCAUCAAGAAGUGCAUCACAUCCACCCUACGACGCUUGAAGGCUGCUUCUUGGCAACCCUCUCGGGCGUAAAGCUUGCUGAUGGCUUGGAUGGCCCUCAAGUCGUUACCUCCAUCGAUGAGCUCUACAUCCCUACGGAUAUUGACCUCCAGCCAGGACACAAACUCUCUGUUGCGGCGAAGUCUAGUCCUUAUGGACUGAGACAGCAUUCGUCUCGUAUUGUUGCUACAGACAAUGCAAACAAUGUUGUGGUUCGAGUUGAAGGAAUCAAGUUCUCGUCUCUGGGGAGUUAUCAAGCGGACGCUAACGGCGACGAAAACCCUUUGAGUCACCAGGUUGAGUGGCUUGUGGACCCCUUUUCGUCUACAAAACAGGCAGUUGCGGAAUAUUGCCAAAGAAAUCUUGAUCAGAAGAGUCAAGAGCAGCAGAAAAGCCUCGACCCUAUCUCUCUUAGCAUUAUCAAGGACACUCUUGGUCAGCUCUCGAGUGAAGACGAACAUUUAAUUACUGGUCACUUGCGACGCUUCUAUGAUUGGAUGCGAGGACAAGACACGGCGAAUGCAUUGCCAUUGAGCUCCGACACCAAAACACAAGGUAUUGCCAACCAGCUGCUGGCUCGAAUUGCCCCUCACUUGCCAGGUAUUCUGCGAGGAAACCAAGAGUUCCCAAUUGAUGAGACCCAGUUACAUAACCUUUACUCCGAGGACGAUGGCUUCAAUAGGUGCCACGCCCAACUAGCAGAAUAUCUCAAACUUGUCCAAUACAAGGUGCCAAAUCUGCGUGUUUUGGAAGUCGGCGCUGGAGCGGGCAACUUGACUUUCACUCUGCUUGAAGCGCUGCAUGGAGAAAAGCGAGAUUAUGCUACUACUCCAGGAACAUAUGUUUACACAGACGUUUCCGAGUCUUCCACUGCAAGCGCACAAGAGAAGUUGAAGAAAUUUGAAAAUGUUGUAGAGUUCAAACCCCUUGAUAUCGAGCAGUCUCCUGCGCAGCAAGGGUUUGAACCUGGCUCUUUCGACGUUAUUGUUGCUUCAAAUGCCCUCCAUGCAACACACAAUCUUGAGAAUACCCUUGGUCAUCUGAAGAGCUUGCUUAAGCCCGGUGGCCAGAUUGCUUUUGCAGAGUUGACAGCACCGUCUUUACGAUGGGGAGUCCUUCGCGGGAGCGUGCAGAGCUGGUGGCUGGGAGCCGAAGAUGGCCGCACAAGUUCCCCUCUGGUAUCAACACCAGAGUGGGAUAAGGCUCUGGUCAAGAGCGGCUUUUCUGGCGUAUCACUUGAAUUGAAAGAUCACGAUUCGGAUCAGGACCACGAAGUGAGCUUGCUCGUUUCUCAUGCCGCUAAUAUUGGAUUGAAAGCGCACGCUGAGAAAAUCUCCAUCUUCACUGGAAAGGACAGUGAUUCCGUAGCGAGUGAGUUGCGCCGCGCGUUGGCCGCACAGUACCUCGAAACCGCUGUGUCUACGGUAUCACUCUCUGAAGAAGUAUCGUCUCCUGGAACCUACAUAUUCCUUCCUGAGGUCUCUGAAGACGCCCUGCUGAGAGCGUCUGAAAAUGAUUGGGACUCAGUUCAACGCCUUCUUGCAAAUGCCAAAGCUGUGCUAUGGGUGACAAAGGGACCCUCUCUGGCUGAGCCUGAGCCACACCGAGCUCUCAUUACUGGAUUGGCACGCAGCUUGCGAUCAUCGAGGCCUGAUCUCAGCUUCUUCACUUUGGACAUUGGUACGGGCUCGGAUGAAGCAUCUGCCAUUUUGCAAGUAUACGAAAACUAUCUUGGACCAAAUGCUUCGCCGUACUCUGCAUCCGAGUGGGAGCUUGCCUUUUAUAACGGUAGCAUUGUAAUUCCCCGUCUAUUGGAGAAUAAGGCGGUCAACCAGCAAGUCAAAGAUGCGGUAUCAAGACACCAUCCACGUGAAGAGGUUUACAAUGAUGCCAGCCGAUCAUUGGGCCUGCGAAUUAGCUCGGUCGGAGUACUUAAUUCCUUAUACUGGGCAGACAGCGAACUCCAUACAGCUGCUCCUAAGCCGACACAAAUCAGAGUUCAAGUGGAGAAUUUUGCACUCAACUUCAAUGAUAUGCUCACCACCACUGGCCAGCUUGAAGGCAAUUCUUCUCUUCUCCUCGAAGGAAGUGGCAAAGUCGUCCAUGUGGGUGAUGCUUCUCGGACGAAACUCUCUGUGGGCGAUCGGGUUAGCUUCUAUGCUCCUGAUGGACUUGCCACCGUGAGUAAUGUGGAUGUUCGCCACGCUGUUAAAAUUCCCGAGGGAAUCGCCAGCGACGCUGCAGCAGCAACUCCGUUGGCUUACUCCACUGCGCUCUAUGCUCUCCGAAACAUUGCCAGACUUCAGCAAGGCGAGUCCAUCUUGAUUCAGUCAGGAGCAGGAGCAGUCGGCCAGGCAUCGAUUGCCCUUGCAAAGGCUCUUGGUGCCGAAGACAUUUUUGUGACAGUUGGAAGUCCAGACAGGGCAGAGUUCGUCAACAAGGCUUUUGGCAUUCCCACUGAACGCAUCUUCUCAAGCCGAGAUCUGGAUUUUGGCGAUCGCCUUCUUAAGCAGACGAACGGCCGGGGCGUCGAUGUUGUUCUCAACUCUCUUUCCGGCGACGCAUUCUCAGAGAGCUGCAGUGCCGUAGCCUCAUUUGGCAGAAUUGUGCAGCUCUGCGAGAGAGAUGUUGCAAACAAUGGCCAGCUUGGUCUAGAGGCCCUCCAGAAGAAUGCUUCCCUUUCUGUUUUGAACAUGGCAUUCCUCGCAAGAGAACGGCCUGCGGUGUUUCAAGAGCUGCUGCAGACUUCUUUCAACAUGCUCCAGGAAGGAAAGUUGGCUUUGAUGAGCCCCAUUACUACCUCUCAUGCUUCCAAUGUUGCAGAGCAGCUCCGAGUUAUGCAGGCGGGUGAUCAAUUGGGCAAGGCCGUUUUCAAGUUGGACUCUAGCCUGCCUUUGAAGAUUCAACCUCAGAAGCCCAAGUCUGCGGCUCUUCGAGAGAACAGUUCCUACCUUGUUGCUGGAAGCAAUGGAAGUCUGGAUGUAGCUGUUGCGAAGUACUUGGCAAAGCUAGGAGCCAGUCGCGUCAUUGCGCGGCAAGGAUCAAACAUCGAAUUCCUAGCAGAGGAGAUUAGGCAACUAGGCGCGGACGUUGCCAUUAUUCCUUGCAGUGCCUCUGACAGACCUAUUGCGGAUCAACUCAAGGAAGCGAGCGCAGGAGCACCCCUCAAGGGUAUAAUUCUUGGAGAUUCUGAGACUCACGACGCGGAUGUCCAGGCUCUUACUCACUCUCAGUGGUCCACUGCCAUUGAGUCCUCAACCGCCGGCAUUCUUAGCCUCCAGAAUGCUUUUGGCUCGGAGCUUGAUUUCUUCCUCCUACUCAACAGCACUUCCUCAGUCGUGGGCGGCCCUGAACAGGGCAUCGCUGGUGCUAUUGGCGCAUUCCGAGAUAGCUUUGCCCGAAGCCAGGCUUCGCAGGGCUUCCCCGUCAAAGCAAUCGACAUUGGUACAGUACAGCAGGAAAACUUGGAUGAUGCCCAAGACACACCGCCUUCUUCCGAUAUCCAACCGCAGAAAAUUGAGGAAGUCCUCGCCGUCAUCAACUUCGCUAUUCAGAAUCCCAUUGCGGUGAAUCCAUCCCAGGCACAAAUCGUCUGCGGCGCCAGCCUCUUUGCGCCAGAUCCUUCAUCUCCCGCUACGCGACGACCAGAUGCUCGCUUCGCACACGUCUGGUCCCGCGCCGCACCCCGUGUCUCCAAGAGCGGCAAAGACGCCUUCGACGUGCAGGCCGUUCUCCGCAGCGCAUCCAGCGCAGAAGUCGCCGUCGACGCCGUAUACACCGGCCUGAAGGAGAAGCUCGCCGGCCUGCUCUCUGUAGCUACAAAGGAGAUCCAAUCGGACCGCUCCGUGUCGAGCUACGGCGUGGACUCGCUCAUCUCAGUGGAGCUGCGGAACUGGAUCACCGGACAUCUGGGCGGACAUGUGCAGAUGUUGGAGCUGAUGAGCUCCUUGUCCAUGAUGCAGCUGUCGGAUCUUAUUGCGAGGAGAUCGAGACUUGUGCCGGCGAGCGUGUUUGGCAGCGCAGAGGCUGUGAACACGGAGAAGAGUUGA